CUUGUUGGGACUGGUCAAUGCGGAUAAGAUUCCGAAGUAUGGGCUCACGGUCGAGGAUGGAAGGCGGCUCGCGAAGGAGUAUUCUAGGGUUUUGAUGAGGAGGCAUAUGGCGAGGCAGGCUGUGGAGAGUAAUUUGUUGCGGAUGAAGAAGGAGGCGAUUGAGGCGCUGCCGGAGAAGCUGCGAGAGGCGGCGCUGGUGCCAGAUUUGACACCUUUCCCUGCAAACCGCUUCAUGGAGACACUCACGCCGCCAAUUGAAGGGUACAUAGAGAAGGUCAAGGACGCUGUGAGGAAGAGCUUGGCCAAGGAGAAGCUUAGAUGAUUUUGGAUGAAGGCCGUGAUUAAAGGUUAGAGCUUUUUGUUGUUUUAGGUGAAUUGGUUUAUGUAUGAAGUUAUGAACUAUGUUUAGCUGACGUGUUCCAUGUGCUGUUUUGAGGUCAGAAAGGAAGAUAUUUGUCAUAGGUUGUAGCUGAUUCUUUGUUGAAUGUUCAUGUAAUGCCUGAAGAAUGAGCCAUAGAUGUGUUUCAGGGAUGUUGAAAUCUUCUUGGUUGAUUCGACUCUUUAAUUUAGGUGUAGAUAUUGGCAGAAUGCAGAUCAUUCUGUACAGUUUAGAGUUUGAGCCGUGGUCAUUAGCUUCUCUGGGUAUGCGAUUGUUCG